CGCCUGCGCGGCGCGCCUGCGCGGUGCAACAGCGCACGUGUUGAAGCCGGAAGCGCCCGCUGGGGCUAGAGAUCUCUGAGGAUGGAAGGCGAGAUGGAGACGCAGAGCGCCGGGGCAGAGGAGGGCUUCACACAGGUCACCCGCAAGGGUGGCCGGCGGGCGAAGAAACGACAGGCUGAUCAGCUGUCUGCAGCGGGGGAGGGCGCGGACGCGGGCCGCAUGGACACAGAGGAGGCCCGGCCGGCGAAGAGGCCCGUCUUCCCGCCCCUGUCCGGGGACGGGCUCCUGAGUGGGAAAGAAGAAACAAGGAAAAUUCCAGUCCCAGCGAACAGAUACACACCAUUAAAAGAAAACUGGAUGAAGAUAUUUACUCCUAUAGUAGAACAUUUGGGACUUCAGAUACGCUUUAACUUGAAAUCAAGGAAUGUAGAAAUCCGGACUUGUAAAGAAACCAAGGAUGUUAGCGCUCUGACAAAAGCAGCUGAUUUUGUGAAAGCCUUUAUUCUUGGGUUUCAGGUGGAGGAUGCACUUGCCCUCAUCAGGUUGGAUGAUCUCUUCCUAGAAUCUUUUGAAAUUACAGAUGUGAAGCCUUUAAAGGGAGACCAUCUGUCCAGAGCAAUAGGGAGAAUUGCUGGUAAAGGAGGAAAAACUAAAUUCACCAUAGAGAAUGUAACGCGGACUCGCAUAGUUUUGGCUGAUGUGAAAGUUCACAUCCUUGGCUCUUUCCAAAACAUCAAGAUGGCAAGAACUGCCAUUUGCAACCUCAUCCUGGGAAAUCCUCCAUCAAAGGUUUAUGGCAAUAUUCGAGCUGUGGCUAGCAGAUCAGCAGACCGAUUCUGAUUUCAAAUCAGAGACUUUUAUUUUGUCUUUGAACUCUAGGAAAAAGACCUUACACUCUACAACUGGUCACAGGAAACCAUGUGAAGAAUUUCAGUCACUUCAAGCCUCGGUCACUUUUUCCAUUCUCUGUCAGAGCACAAACAGAAAGGAAAAGUUUAGUAGUAUUCACAGUCAACAGCUUUUAGGAGUAUUUAAAAGUCAAAAUCUAUUACCAUUAUUAUACUUAACACAUUAGGUAUAAUUUAUAAUUUUUUUUUCAUUUUAAAUCAUAUGUAGCAGAUCUGUGUAGUUUGUAAUCCUCUCAUUUGGAGGGAAACUUCUUGCUGAAACAGUUCUUUGUGAAUUUAUGAGUUUUUAUUUAUAAAUUUAUAAAAUGUUGUAAAUUUUAUAAAUUUAUAAACAUUUCUUUAUAAAUUGUAAUUAAAAGGAUCAUCUCAGAAAGCCUCUCCAUGAAACAUGUCCCUUCUUAAAUACCAUGUGGUGUGUGAGCAUUUUAGUAUCAGGUCAUAAGUAGCAGUUUUAGCUGUAUUGUAUAAAUUAAUAAGGGCUAAUUUUUAUACCUGUUCCGCAGUUUUUAAAAUUAAAGACCUGCGUCACAAGGUUGAUAUGAGGAAAGAGUCUUAUUUUUUCAAAUAAGCGUUUAGUGAACGUACUCGGACAUUACCAAUAUUGGGUAUACAGAUACUCCUCAACUUAUGAUACAUUUAUGUCUGACUAAACAAUUGUAAGUUGAAAUAUCAUAGGUCAAAAAUGUAUUUAAUACACCUACCCUACUGAACCUUAAACAUGCUCAAAACAGAUUAGCCUGCAGUUGGGCAAAA